GCUCACCCAAUCAGAAGCGCUCUAAUAAUUUGUCAGAGAAAAGGGUGUAUGUUUUUUUCGGAUACAGUGUGUGUGUCUCAUACCAUUUUGAUCCAUUUUGUGGCCCCGGGUGGUGCUGGUGAAGCGCACAGCGGGAGGCGCAUUGUCUAUAUGCAAACUGGACGACAUGGCCAUUGUAUGCGUUUGGGCAUAUAUGGAGGCGCCGAUGGCUCGGAGGAUACAGCCCGUCUGAAGUCUCAGGGAGAGUUUCCCUCGGCUGUGUUGUGCGCGUUUCUCUCCUACGACUUCCUCUACUCUUUAACCGCUGUGCUCCGUCGCUAUGAGUUGCCUGGAUGUGAUGUACCACCAAAGCUAUGGAGCGCACUACCUCCCUGCAGCGGCGUACAAGGCGACGUACUACAACCACCAUCACCAGCAACAACAGAGGAAGCUGAGUGUUUACAGUAAGAUGCAGGAGUGUAUGGAGCAGCAGCAGCAGCAAGGAGGAGGAAGAGGGAUGUUAUUCAGGGAUCAGGGCCUCCGGCAUGGUCCUGGAAGCGAAUCAGGCCACAGAACGACAUCCAGCUCGGAGCUGAAGGAUGGUACUCAACCUGCAGAAGCAGAGUACCUGAGCUCCCGGUGCGUUUUGUUCACAUACUUCCAAGGCGACAUCGGUGACGUGAUAGAUGAGCAUUUCUCUCGAGCUCUCAGUCAGUCAAACACCUUCAACAGCGAGACCAAGCCAAUCAGGGUGACUCAGCAGUCUGCUUCAGCCGCUGCUGGCUUAUGGAAAGAUGGUGGCUCUCACUCUGAAGGCCAGAGCAGCUCAGUUUGGAACAGCAGCUCCUAUCCAUCCCAGACCAGUUCCUGCCUCCCAUCUGUCUCAGUCUCAGUCCACCCAGACUUUUCCCCGAGCCCUGUUUCAUUCAGCCACCCAGAUGGAGCUCUGUGGGCCGGCCACGUGCUCUCUCAGGCCAGCCUCCCGCCUCCGGCUACCCUCCCCGAGAGCUGGACCUACAGCCUGAACCCCCAGAGCACAAGUGGCUACCCCAACGUUCACGACGUCUACCAUCCUCACCCCCAUGCCCAUAUCCACUCCCGGCACCACCACCCAAUGAUCCAUUCAUACCCAGCCCACAGCCCGGCAUUGGAUCCCAGGUUUAACCCCCUGCUGCUGCCUGGUGUUAGGAACCAGAACCAGCCAGCUGCCAACACAGGGAGUUCCCCACACCACGAGGGGGUGAAGACAGAGAUGGAUCCCAGCAGCAGCAGUCCUGUAACUGCUACCUCUGUCACCUGGACCCCCUCAGCCUUACAUGGAUCUCUGGAGGCAUACGACUCAGCUCUUGAUCAGACCAAAGCAAAGACGUCAGUUUGGUUCUAACUGACGUACUGAAAAAAAAAAAAGAGAAGGAAUAGCAGUUCACACCAAAAAGGAUCUAUUAUGUGGCUUUAUAAAUGUAUGGCUGCAACACCAGCACUGUAUUGUAAAUGUAGAUAGAGAAUGCUAACUGUAGCUUAGACAAUGAGUCCCGCACUGUCCACACGACUUAUUAUGGAGAUGAACUCAGGCUUUGGACUUAAAUGACAGUGAUCUAAUGCUUUGGCUCCAGGUCAAGGCCUUUGAAGAACGAUAAAAACAGACUACUAGCUUUAAGGAUGGGAGGCCUCCUCUUCUCUUUCGGCACAAAACCCCUUUCGAUGCAAUGUGAGACCAAGUGGUUCUGUUUCAAGAGCUUUAUUUUGAUCCACAUUUUGUUUUGUACAGUAAAUGUUUGUUGAUGACUGUAAAUGUUUUUUGCUAUGCUAAGUUGUUGUUUGCUGGAUGACUUCUGCUAAUUUGUUGCCUGAAUGCUCCUUUUACUAUUUUGCCUUCGGGGAAUGUGUAGUGUAAAUAUCGGUACUGUAUGUUUAAGAAAUAAAUUUGUUAAACUGUA